AUGACUGGAGAAUGCGAUUCCCUGCGAAUUCAGCUUGCCGCUGCCGAACAAAGAGCCAAUGAAUUGAGUCUAAAGUGUCAGCAACUCGAAAGCCAGAUUUUGGAGCCAUUCAACUCUACUCAAUCCGCCCAAAAUAUUCAUUCGGGGGUUCUGACACCUGGACGUUCCUCAGUGGCCCAGACUAGCGCAGAAACUUCAUCACAUUAUGAACCGCUGAGCGGGAACCCAGACCGCCAGUUCGCCAGUCGCAUUCUGAGACCAACAUUCACGCUGAGGUCAAAUAACAGAGGAAUCAAUUGCAGUGCCAUGAGCAGCGCUUGGGAGCUGUGGGGAGAUGUCACAGAUACCAUUCAAGAGUUUGAGACCAACAGAACAGACCUCAACCACGACGCUUAUCUCAACCUAGCCCGCGAAUUCUUUGCCAGGCGAUGGCCAUAUUUACCUGUUGUACACAAACAGACCUUUUUCGAUGAACAUAUGGGCGCUUUUCUAACAAAUUCAGGCACAGGAACACUGUCAAAUUUCAUGGUGAAUAUCGUUUGUGCCAUCGCUUCGGCAGAGAAAGCCUCCCAGCAGAACAGCGAAAAAGACCAUAGAGUCUUUUUUAGGGACGCUGUCAAGGAUUUGCAUCUGGUGAUGAGCUCUGAAAACUUUGAAUGUGUUCAGUGUCUCCUCCUACUCUGCAUGUAUGGCCACAACGAGCCUCAGUCAGUCAACAUGUGGUACACCACUGGACUUGCUCUGAACUUAGCGGUCGGUCUCGAUUUACAUCGAAAAGAAAGUCUGUACGGGCAAGAUACAAAAGGAGCCGAACUAUCGAAGCGUGUCUUCUGGUGCGCCUACGUGAUGAACUGCAGCAUGGCAAUCAAUAUGGGUCGACCGCUGGGGAUACAGGGAUCAGAUAUCAGCAUGCCCUUGCCUCUACAGCUUACGGAUACUCAGCUCGACGAAUCUUUUCAUACACCCCUCGUCGAAGAGACCUUGAUACCUCAAGUAAAUGAUAUGUCAACUUUCAUACAUAUCAUCAAGUUACGUCGCAUGAAUGCGGAUGUAUACACAACAUUCCAUUCCAUUGGAUCUAGGUCAACCGAGGCCUCUGAGUUGGAUCGACUCCGCAACGAUUAUUUCGUGAAGCUGAAUCAGUGGUUGAUAACUGCACCUCGGUAUAUGCAGACUUUGUCUACUUUUCAGUCAACUGAAUGGUUUCAGAUCGCCUUUCACCACGCUGUUCUAGCGCUUUAUCGUCCAUCGCGCGCUAUUCCGAUGCCUUCCCCAGAGAAUUUAAGAGUCUGUACCGAAUCAGCUAUUGGCCUCAUCAGUUCAUACAGUGCUUUGUAUGCGCGAAACCGCAUCAAGUAUACCUUUGUCGCAAUACACUCGCUCUUUAUGGCAGCAGUGACCAUGCUUUAUUCCCUACGAGCGUUUGCGCCUCUUCGAAGAGAACUGACAAAGCCUGUUAUUCAAACCAAUAUCUUCACUUUUCUAACACUUUUUCGUGGGAUAUGCAAUGGACGGGCAGUGGGAGAGAAAUGUUGUGGUAUCGUUGAAAGGCUGGGUCAUUCAAUACUGUCACUGUUCGAAAAUGAAGAUCAAGCCGAGUUGAGAAUCGACUCGGAAUUCCAGACAUGGUUUGGUCUUCAAACGCAUACAUUUUCCCCGACGAGAGUGAAUCGACUUUGGAAUUCCAGUCACAAAAUCUAUCACCCCAAUUUCCUGAAAUACAAGUUGAUUUACCGUGGACUGAUUUGUUUACACAAGGGUUAG